UCCUCCCAUUAUUAUUUUAACUGUUGCUCGCACUGCUGUGAUCAAGGGUGCGCGUUCGGGUACAACCAGCGUUUUCCAUUGAAGCCGUCUUCACCAUCGGACUGAUCCACGUCUUAACUCCGCUCGUCGGCUUUUUCUUCUUUCCGCCUCUCUCCUCAGAGGAGCACAUACACCAUCAUCCCUCUUCUCCAAUCUUCUCCGCUCUCCCGCUUAAACGUUGCCUCCCUCUUCAGAUCCGGGGCUUUCUCCGGUUGAAAUCAAGCGUAUAGCUGUCGAAACCUUCUCGACUGCAACUUGGUCCAGCUUUGCCUUUCCCAUUUUGGAGGAUUUCCGGAUGGUUCCCCCUAUCCUAUGUCCUGAUCUCUAAUGCGGGUUCCGGAGCAGUUUUGUGAGAUUUUGUGGUGUGAAGUGGCGAUCGAUUAAGGUGUCUUGUUUGUUUUUUCGUUCUUUUGGGUCUAAGAGAGAGAUGACGUCUGGGACGAGGAUUCCGACAUGGAAGGAGAGGGAGAACAAUAAGCGGAGGGAGAGGAGACGGCGGGCGAUCGCGGCGAAGAUCUACUCUGGGCUCCGGAUGUGCGGAAACUACAAGCUGCCGAAGCACUGCGACAACAAUGAGGUCCUCAAGGCCCUCUGCAACGAAGCCGGAUGGACCGUCGAGCCCGACGGUACCACCUACCGCAAGGGAUGUAAGCCGCCACCAGCUGAGUGCAUGGAUGUAGUAGGGUGCUCCACUUCUCCAAGCCUCUGCUCUUCAUACCAGCCAAGCCCAUGUGCCUCAUAUAACCCUAGCCCUGCCUUAUCGUCUUUUGCAAGCCCUGCGUCCUCAUCCUACAUCACAAAUGCCCACAAUGCUGACCAUUUUGUUGAUGGCAACUCCCUCAUCCCCCGUCUCAAGAAUCUUUCCUCAGCCUGCUCUGCAUCAACCAAGUUCCCACAACACCAUCUCUAUAUGCACGGUGGUUCCAUUAGUGCUCCAGUGACACCUCCUUUGAGUUCUCCCACUGCUCGUACACCUCGUAUCAAGACUAAUUGGUAUGAUCCAGCUGCCCAGCCAUCUUGGGCCAGCGCAAAUCAUACCUUUCUACUAAAUUCAACACCACCAAGCCCUGGUCGACAGGCUUGGCUUGCUGGGAUCCAGCUUCCAACUGGAGGUCCAUCGUCACCCACAUUCAGACUUGUCUCAUCAAAUCCAUUUGGGUUCUUCAAGGAGGCGAUGGCAGGUGGGGGAUCUUCAAGAGUGGUGAGACCAGGGCAGAGUGGCACGUGUUCCCCAGUCAUGCCAGGUGGACCUGGCCACAUAGAUGUUCCGAUGCCGGAUGGCACUUCUGAUGAGUUUGCAUUUGGCAGCGGCAGUAAUAGCAAUCAUCCGCCUGCAGGACUGGUAAAGGCAUGGGAGGGAGAGAGGAUCCACGAGGAGUGUGGAUCAGAUGAGCUGGAUCUCACUCUUGGGAGCUCGUGGGCCAGAGCUGAUGCCCGAUGAACAUCAUGAAGAACUAUAAUCUUAAGCUCUUAAUAGAUUCCUUUCCCAGUGCUUUUUGUUUAUUGUGGUGUCUAUAGAAAAGGAGGGGGGAUCGAGAGGCCCACCCAUGGUUUCUUGCACAUAGCGAUCUUCUUCUAGGUAACUGAGACAGUUUAUUUGUCGUUGAGAGUGUUGAAAGUAGGAAACCCUUUGGAAAAUAUUGCUUCCCAUGGAUACAUUUUCGGGUGAUCAUUAUCAAAUGAACGUGCAUGGAUUUUAUUGUUAUCUCCAGCUGAAGAGGGCAGACAGAACAAAAAAAUUAUGGGAUGCAAUGGUGUUCAUCUGUGCUAUUGAAUAUGGUUUGCAUUUUUUUCCA